ACCCCACCAUUCCAUCUCCCUCUCCCUCUCCCUCUCAUCAGCUCAUCUCGCUCCUUGUUUCUCCCUCUAAAACUUUCUUUCCGUUGCUCAGAAAGGAAACCCAAUUUUUUCUUCUUCUAAAGACACAAACUUUAGACCAAACCAAGUAGUAUACAAGCGGCAGUAGCAGUAGUAGUCGUGGUGGAGUUGUUAUACUGAGACGAAAAACUUCACCAUGGCUUCCACUCUGUGUUCCAACGCCAUGAGUCUUUCAACGACCGUUUUCUCAAGAACUCAGUUCCCAAAUCUCUUUUCUAAAGACUUCCCACUUGAAUUCUCACCUUCUAAUCACUCAAACGACCAAUUUAAAAGUAGAUCAACAAUUGGUCAAAAGAAGAGCUUUACUGAGUUGAAGGCUAUGGUGGCUCAGGCUCCUCCCGCCGAGCUCGCCCCAGCUGAGACCGACGCGAAACGGAAGCCACCGGAGAAGAAACUUAAGCUACUAAUCGCCGGAGGAGGGAUCGGCGGAUUGGUUCUUGCUUUGGCUGCUAAGAAGAAAGGCUUUGAGGUAAUGGUGUUUGAGAGAGAUUUGAGUGCUGUUAGGGGUGAGGGACAGUACAGAGGUCCAAUUCAGAUACAGAGUAAUGCUUUGGCUGCUUUGGAAGCCAUUGAUUUGGAUGUUGCUGAUGAGGUUAUGCGGGUCGGGUGUGUUACUGGUGACCGGAUUAACGGGUUGGUUGAUGGGGUUUCGGGUACUUGGUACGUCAAGUUUGAUACAUUCACUCCUGCAGCAGAACGAGGACUACCUGUAACUAGAGUUAUAAGCCGAAUGGCUUUGCAACAAAUUCUGGCUCGUGCUGUUGGAGAAGAGAUUAUUAUGAACGAUAGUAACGUUGUUGAUUUUGAGGACCAUGGUGACAAGGUCACUGUAGUUCUUGAGAAUGGACAACGUUUUGAAGGUGAUCUUCUGGUUGGAGCUGAUGGUAUAUGGUCAAAGGUCAGGAAGAACUUGUUUGGUCAAACAGAAGCUGUUUAUUCAGGUUAUACAUGUUAUACUGGUAUUGCUGAUUUUGUACCUGCUGACAUCGAUACUGUAGGGUACCGUGUAUUCUUGGGACACAAGCAAUACUUUGUUUCGUCGGAUGUUGGAGCAGGGAAGAUGCAGUGGUAUGCUUUUUACGAGGAACCAGCCGGUGGUGUGGAUAGCCCCAAUGGUAAAAAGGAAAGACUGCUUAAGAUAUUCGAUGGCUGGUGUGAGAAUGUGAUAGAUCUAAUAGUUGCCACAGAUGAAGAUGUAAUUCUUCGACGAGACAUAUAUGAUAGAACGCCUACUUUGACAUGGGGAAAGGGGCGUGUGACCUUGCUCGGAGACUCUGUUCAUGCUAUGCAGCCAAAUAUGGGACAGGGUGGAUGCAUGGCCAUCGAGGACAGUUAUCAGCUUGCUUUGGAACUUGAUAAAGCAUGGGAAGAAAGCCAAAAAACAGGAAUUCCUGUAGACGUUGCUUCUUCUCUCAAAAAAUAUGAGAAGGCUAGAAGGUUGAGAGUUGCCAUCAUCCAUGGAAUGGCUAGAAUGGCUGCAUUAAUGGCUUCAACAUAUAAAGCUUACUUGGGCGUAGGACUUGGUCCAUUAUCGUUUUUGACAAAGUUUAGGAUACCACAUCCCGGAAGAGUUGGUGGAAGAUUUUUUAUUGACAUAGCUAUGCCAUUGAUGUUAGAUUGGGUUUUAGGUGGUAACAGCUCAAAACUCGAAGGAAGAGCACAAAGUUGCAGGCUCACAGAUAAAGCAAAUGACCAGCUUCGUAAAUGGUUUGAAGAUGAUGAUGCAUUAGAACGGGCCAUGAAUGGAGAGUGGUUUCUUUUACCCACCUCUGGAAACAAUAGUGCCACAUCACAACCAAUUUGUUUAAACAGAGAUGAGAACAAACACAUCGUAAUUGGAAACACACCAAGCGACGACGUUUCAGCAACAUCCAUUACACUUCCUUUAGAGCAGGUUUCAAAAACACAUGCACGUAUUGAUUACAAGAAUGGUGCAUUUUUAUUGACCGAUUUGAGAAGCGAACAUGGGACAUGGGUCUCCGAUAAUGAGGGGAGACGUUACCGGAUACCUCCAAAUUUUCCAACUCGUAUUCGACCGUCUGAUGUUAUUGAGUUUGGUUCAGACAAGAAGGCUUCAUUUCGAGUGAAGGUAUUUGGGUCUCCUCCAAAAGAUGAACAGAAGAAAGAAAGUGAACUUGUUGAGACAGCUUGAAAAAAUUGAUUGUUGCAGUGAUUCAAAAAAUAUAUAUAUAUUUCGAUAGGAAAUGAAAUUGUACAGCAUUAAUUUAUUCAGGGAAGUGAAGCUGGAACAUAAACAUACUUUUCAUUCUUGAAAAAAAAAAAAAAAAAUCCCUCGUAUCUGUAUGCAUAUAUGUAUGUAUAUGUACAUCUCAUUAUUUCAAAAUGUUCCACUUUAAUGUU